UUAAGUCAUAUUGCUGGAGUUCUUGCAAUGAUAAACAUUACUUCCGUAUUUUGAGAUAUCUGAUACAGAUCUGUAAUCUCUAAGAUCUAUAUAAAUGCAGAACUGGAUUCAACAAUGUGGUCAAUUGUGCAAGGCGUAAUACAAUUUAGGCUACCUGGAACGCUACUAUUGUCCAAUCUGUCUGCACGAGGGAAUGUCGCUCUGGCUGUCAUCCUUCCCUGGAGCUGUCAGUUGACAGUACAACACCGAGCCGAAAGCAUCGUAGGAAAGAACACAGUUUUGAUAAAACGUCGAUUUUAGAUUUCUCCUCUUUGGCACUGGAACGGUUGGGCCACUGACAUAUUUCGAGGCUGACCAACAAACGCGUAGGAGGGAGAAAAACCAAAAGGACUGAAUAGCUAGCUAGUUGCUAGUUAGCAAGCUAACGACCGUUAGCUUUGGCCAGUGCUGCCACUGCUCUGCUAAAGCGUUCGGUUGGAGUGUGCAGUACCAGUAGGCAGGCGAGCUGCGUUGGCAUUUUAGUGUAGUUGGUUGGAAAAAUGAUUUCUACGGUUGCAUUAACAUGUUUAUUUUAUUUCACCAUUGCGGUGUUAGCUUCCUAAAUGUUUUGCCUGGAUGCGUCCAGUCAGUAGCUUGGUUAGCCAGAGAGCAAUGCUAAGUGACGACGUCGACUCAGUGAGGCUGUCGUGUCGGGGGUGAGGAGUUUGAGGAAGGAAGAGGUGACUUACGAUGUUGGGGGGAAGUGUUGGGUUAAUGAGCUAGUGGUGCGUUAGUUGACAGUGGAAGGAAAUAACGUUAAUAUUUUACAAUACAUUAUCAACGACCGUAAUUUCGUUAACCAGCUAACUAAAAGCUAAUGCAAAUUAGAGAGGCUAGGUAAUACAGAAAAUACUGUUGUUUUCGGCUUGCUCGCAAGCUAAAUGCAGAGGGAGGGUGAUCAUUGAGUGGCUACUCUCUCAGCUCCAUAAAUAACUGUCACUGACUGAGUGAUAUCCAGCCUAUUUCGCAUAACUAAAGAUGGCUACAGCGAGCAGUAUUGCCGCAUCUAUUGCGAGCAAGACGAAGACGAAGAAGAAACACUUCGUGGCUCAGAAAGUGAAGCUUUUCCGAGCCAGUGACCCUCUGCUCAGCGUCCUUAUGUGGGGAGUCAACCAUUCGAUCAAUGAGUUGAGCCAUGUUCAGAUCCCUAUCAUGCUGAUGCCUGAUGACUUCAAGGCCUACUCUAAGAUCAAGGUGGACAAUCACCUCUUCAACAAGGAAAACAUGCCGAGCCAUUUCAAGUUUAAGGAGUACUGUCCUCUGGUGUUCCGCAACCUUAGAGAACGUUUUGGCAUCGACGACCAGGAUUUCCAGAACUCCCUAACCCGUGCAGCUCCGUUAAACAGUGAUUCCCAGGGUCGGAGUGGGGCUCGCUUCCACACCUCCUACGACAAACGCUACGUCAUCAAAACAAUCACCAGUGAGGAUGUGGCUGAGAUGCACAACAUCCUCAAGAAGUACCACCAGUUCAUAGUGGAGUGUCAUGGCAACACGCUGCUGCCUCAGUUCCUGGGGAUGUACCGCCUCACAGUGGACGGAGACGAGACCUACAUGAUCGUCACCAGGAAUGUCUUCUCCCACCGCCUCUCUGUCUACAAAAAAUAUGACCUCAAGGGCUCCACUGUGGCCAGGGAGGCCAGCGACAAGGAGAAGCAGCCACGCCCUCCUGAGGAUGCGCCACCGCGGCCCAAAUCUAACGUUCAGCAAAGGCUGCAAACGCUGCGGAUCGCCACGCGCUUUUACUGCGCCAUGAAACACGUAAGAGACGCCAAGGAGCUGCCCACCUACAAGGACAACGACUUCAUCAACGAUGGACAGAAGAUCUACAUUGACGAUGACAACAAGAAGAUGUUCCUGGAGAAACUACGUAAAGAUGUGGAGUUCCUGGCCCAGUUGAAGCUGAUGGACUACAGUCUGCUGGUGGGGAUCCAUGACGUGGAGCGGGCUGAGCAGGAGGAAGUGGAGAGUGAGGAUAACGAGGGGGAUGAUGAGGGGGAGAGUGACGGAGGGAUUGGCACUCCCCCGGACUCCCCCAGUAACACCCUGGACAGCACCAAGCCCCUGUCCCCGGGGGAGUUUGACCCCACCAUAGACGUCUAUGCCAUCAAGAGCAAUGACAGUGCUCCUAGGAAGGAGGUGUACUUCAUGGCGGUCAUUGACAUUCUGCAGCAUUACGAUGCCAAGAAGAAGGCUGCUCAUGCUGCUAAGACCGUCAAACAUGGGGCGGGAGCUGAAAUCUCCACGGUAAACCCAGAGCAGUACUCCAAGAGGUUCUACGACUUCAUCACCACCAUUCUCUCAUAGCCCCCAGGGGAAGGGGAGGGGGCACUUAGGGAGAGAUGGAGAGAAGGGAUGGGUGAGGGUGGGGUAUUGCGCUCCAUCUCUCCGUCAGCAAGGGUGUCCCUCUCAGCAGCUAAUACCAUCAUUCGUUUACAUACAUCUUCUCCGCUGUUACAUUGAACAGGAGAACUGCUAUUCUAGGUUCUAGUCUGUACUUUUUUAUUAGUUUGUUUUGUUUACUUUGGGAAUGUUUAUUUGUUUUUUUUACUGCCUCUUAACACCACGUCCUCAACCUGCAUUGUUUUUGUUUGUUUGUUCUGCAUUCCUGUUUGGGGGGGAUGAGGAUGAACAGGGCUGUGAUUGGAUAACAAUAGCGCGGUCACUCGGAGUAAAUAGUAUAGGGUGAAGUGCUCGUCUUCAGGAAGUAUGAAGCAGUCUUCCAGUAGACCUUCAGCCAGACCAUCCAAUCGCCAUUUAGUACAGCCCUGCCCCAGCCAAAGCUACUUUCCUAUUUGUCCCAUCAUCCAUCACUUUCCCUUUAGACCCUCCUGGCAGUGGAUGUUACUACUCCAUUCUCACCUUACACUGCUAUCCUCCUGUCACACACACUGCUCUCCUCUACCCCUCCCUCCAUACACAAGAUAAGUUUAAGAUGAGUUGUGUUUAGUAAGACUGGGAGCUGGUCAGUAAGGGCUGUGUUUAAUAAGACUGGGAGCUGGUCAGUAGGGCUGUGUUUAAUAAGACUGGGAGCUGGUCAGUAGAGCUGUGUUUAAUAAGACUGGGAGCUGGUCAGUAGGGCUGUGUUUAGUAAGACGGGGAGCUGGUCAGUAGUAGGGCUGUGUUUAGUAAGACGGGGAGCUGGUCAGUAGGGCUGUGUUUAAUAAGACGGGGAGCUGGUCAGUAGAGCUGUGUUUAAUAAGACGGGGAGCUGGUCAGUAGAGCUGUGUUUAGUAAGACGGGGAGCUGGUCAGUAGAGCUGUGUUUAAUAAGACUGGGAGCUGGUCAGUAGAGCUGUGUUUAAUAAGACGGGGAGCUGGUCAGUAGAGCUGUGUUUAAUAAGACGGGGAGCUGGUCAGUAGGGCUGUGUUUAAUAAGACGGGAGCUGGUCAGUAGAGCUGUGUUUAAUAAGACUGGGAGCUGGUCAGUAGAGCUGUGUUUAAUAAGACUGGGAGCUGGUCAGUAGGGCUGUGUUUAAUAAGACGGGGAGCUGGUCAGUAGGGCUGUGUUUAGUAAGACGGGGAGCUGGUCAGUAGAGCUGUGUUUAAUAACACGGGGAGCUGGUCAGUAGGGCUGUGUUUAGUAAGACGGGGAGCUGGUCAGUAGAGCUGUGUUUAAUAAGACGGGGAGCUGGUCAGUAGAGCUGUGUUUAAUAAGACGGGGAGCUGGUCAGUAGAGCUGUGUUUAAUAAGACUGGGAGCUGGUCAGUAGAGCUGUGUUUAAUAAGACGGGGAGCUGGUCAGUAGAGCUGUGUUUAAUAAGACGGGGAGCUGGUCAGUAGGGCUGUGUUUAGUAAGACGGGGAGCUGGUCAGUAGGGCUGUGUUUAAUAAGACGGGGAGCUGGUCAGUAGAGCUGUGUUUAAUAAGACGGGGAGCUGGUCAGUAGGGCUGUGUUUAAUAAGACGGGGAGCUGGUCAGUAGAGUUGUGUUUAGUAAGACUGGGAGCUGGUCAGUAGAGCUGUGUUUAAUAAGACUGGGAGCUGGUCAGUAGAGCUGUGUUUAAUAAGACGGGGAGCUGGUCAGUAGAGCUGUGUUUAAUAAGACGGGGAGCUGGUCAGUAGGGCUGUGUUUAAUAAGACGGGGAGCUGGUCAGUAGAGUUGUGUUUAGUAAGACUGGGAGCUGGUCAGUAGAGCUGUGUUUAAUAAGACUGGGAGCUGGUCAGUAGAGCUGUGUUUAGUAAGACGGGGAUCUUGUCAGUAGAGCUGUGUUUAGUAAGACGGGGAGCUGGUCAGUAGGGCUGUGUUUAGUAAGACGGGGAUCUUGUCAGUAGAGCUGUGUUUAGUAAGACUGGGAGCUGGUCAGUAGGGCUGUGUUUAGUAAGACGGGGAGCUGGUCAGUAGGGCUGUGUUUAAUAAGACUGGGAGCUGGUCAGUAGAGCUGUGUUUAAUAAGACGGGGAGCUGGUCAGUAGAGCUGUGUUUAAUAAGACUGGGAGCUGGUCAGUAGAGCUGUGUUUAGUAAGACGGGGAGCUGGUCAGUAGAGCUGUGUUUAAUAAGACGGGGAGCUGGUCAGUGUUUAAUAAGACGGGGAGCUGGUCAGUAGAGCUGUGUUUAAUAAGACGGGGAGCUGGUCAGUAGAGCUGUGUUUAAUAAGACGGGGAGCUGGUCUGUGUUUAGUAAGACGGGGAGCUGGUCAGUAGGGCUGUGUUUAAUAAGACGGGGAGCUGGUCAGUAGAGCUGUGUUUAAUAAGACGGGGAGCUGGUCAGUAGAGCUGUGUUUAAUAAGACUGGGAGCUGGUCAGUAGAGUUGUGUUUAGUAAGACUGGGAGCUGGUCAGUAGAGCUGUGUUUAAUAAGACUGGGAGCUGGUCAGUAGAGCUGUGUUUAAUAAGACUGGGAGCUGGUCAGUAGAGCUGUGUUUAGUAAGACUGGGAGCUGGUCAGUAGAGCUGUGUUUAAUAAGACGGGGAGCUGGUCAGUAGAGCUGUGUUUAAUAAGACGGGGAGCUGGUCUGUGUUUAGUAAGACGGGGAGCUGGUCAGUAGGGCUGUGUUUAAUAAGACGGGGAGCUGGUCAGUAGAGCUGUGUUUAAUAAGACGGGGAGCUGGUCAGUAGAGCUGUGUUUAAUAAGACUGGGAGCUGGUCAGUAGAGUUGUGUUUAGUAAGACUGGGAGCUGGUCAGUAGAGCUGUGUUUAAUAAGACUGGGAGCUGGUCAGUAGAGCUGUGUUUAAUAAGACUGGGAGCUGGUCAGUAGAGCUGUGUUUAAUAAGACGGGGAGCUGGUCAGUAGAGCUGUGUUUAAUAAGACUGGGAGCUGGUCAGUAGAGCUGUGUUUAAUAAGACGGGGAGCUGGUCAGUAGAGCUGUGUUUAAUAAGACGGGGAGCUGGUCAGUAGGGCUGUGUUUAAUAAGACGGGGAGCUGGUCAGUAGAGCUGUGUUUAAUAAGACGGGGAGCUGGUCAGUAGGGCUGUGUUUAAUAAGACUGUGAGCUGGUCAGUAGAGCUGUGUUUAAUAAGACGGGGAGCUGAUCAGUAGAGCUGUGUUUAAUAAGACUGGGUGGGAGCUGGUCAGUAGAGCUGUGUUUAAUAAGACGGGGAGCUGGUCAGUAGGGCUGUGUUUAAUAAGACUGGGAGCUGGUCAGUAGAGCUGUGUUUAAUAAGACGGGGAGCUGAUCAGUAGAGCUGUGUUUAAUAAGACUGGGUGGGAGCUGGUCAGUAGAGCUGUGUUUAAUAAGACGGGGAGCUGGUCAGUAGAGCUGUGUUUAAUAAGACGGGGAGCUGGUCAGUAGGGCUGUGUUUAAUAAGACUGGGUGGGAGCUGGUCAGUAGAGCUGUGUUUAAUAAGACGGGGAGCUGGUCAGUAGAGCUGUGUUUAAUAAGACGGGGAGCUGGUCAGUAGAGCUGUGUUUAAUAAGACGGGGAGCUGAUCAGUAGAGCUGUGUUUAAUAAGACUGGGUGGGAGCUGGUCAGUAGAGCUGUGUUUAAUAAGACGGGGAGCUGGUCAGUAGAGCUGUGUUUAAUAAGACGGGGAGCUGGUCAGUAGGGCUGUGUUUAAUAAGACUGGGUGGGAGCUGGUCAGUAGAGCUGUGUUUAAUAAGACGGGGAGCUGGUCAGUAGAGCUGUGUUUAAUAAGACGGGGAGCUGGUCAGUAGAGCUGUGUUUAAUAAGACUGGGAGCUGGUCAGUAGGGCUGUGUUUAGUAAGACGGGGAGCUGGUCAGUAGGGCUGUGUUUAAUAAGACUGGGAGCUGGUCAGUAGAGCUGUGUUUAGUAAGACUGGGAGCUGGUCAGUAGAGCUGUGUUUAAUAAGACGGGGAGCUGGUCAGUAGGGCUGUGUUUAGUAAGACUGGGAGCUGGUCAGUAGAGCUGUGUUUAAUAAGACGGGGAGCUGGUCAGUAGGGCUGUGUUUAAUAAGACGGGGAGCUGGUCAGUAGGGCUGUGUUUAGUAAGACGGGGAGCUGGUCAGUAGAGCUGUGUUUAAUAAGACGGGGAGCUGGUCAGUAGAGCUGUGUUUAAUAAGACGGGGAGCUGGUCAGUAGGGCUGUGUUUAAUAAGACGGGGAGCUGGUCAGUAGAGCUGUGUUUAAUAAGACGGGGAGCUGGUCAGUAGGGCUGUGUUUAAUAAGACGGGGAGCUGGUCAGUAGAGCUGUGUUUAAUAAGACGGGGAGCUGGUCAGUAGGGCUGUGUUUAGUAAGACGGGGAGCUGGUCAGUAGAGCUGUGUUUAAUAAGACGGGGAGCUGGUCAGUAGAGCUGUGUUUAAUAAGACGGGGAGCUGGUCAGUAGAGCUGUGUUUAAUAAGACGGGGAGCUGGUCAGUAGAGCUGUGUUUAAUAAGACGGGGAGCUGGUCAGUAGGGCUGUGUUUAAUAAGACGGGGAGCUGGUCAGUAGGGCUGUGUUUAAUAAGACUGGGAGCUGUGUGUGAUUUACGAAAACACUGACUGAUCUGGUUUGUCUCAUUCUGGAUAGUUCCCAGGAAGUUGGUGUGUGACUUCCUCUGGGAAAGGGCAGGGCUGUGGUGUGAUCCUUCAUGGACCUUUGAUCCUGCAUUGCCAUCAGCACCUUAAACAAAUCAUUGCACUUUUAUGUUGUUAAACAUAGGAUUUUUUUUGUUCUGUUACAUGUGCUGCAACAAGCACUGUUUGAAGCUAUCGAACUGUGCCCCAAGAUUUUUGAUGGGGGUGUAGUAGGGAUGAGGGAAAGGGUCUUGGCUGUAAGGCACUAGGGAGUGGGAGGGACUACAGGUGGGUUUGGGACAGGGCCUGAAUGUAGUGAGUAGCAGAGAGAGAGGAGGGGUGUGUUCCGGACAGACAGCCCAGUGUUUACCUCUGGCAUUGUACCUGCCUGAACCAGAGUCUUAGCCACAUCUGUCUGUCUCAGGUCUCCAACCCCGGCCCUGAAGAAGUACUGGGUAUGCAGGUUUUUACUCCAGCCCAGCACUAGCACACCUGAUUCAACUAAUUUUGGUCCAGAUUGAAGACCUUGAUUAGUUGGUUAUUUGAAUCUGUACGUGUAGUUAUGGAUCCCCAUUAGCUGCUGCCAAGGCACCAGCUAAUCUUCCUGGGGUCUGGCAAAAUUAAGGCUGUUAUACAAUUUUAAAAACAUUACAAUACAUUCAUAAGAGAUUUAACAACACACUGUGUGCCCUCAGGCCCCUACUCCACUACCACAUAUCUACCAAACAAAAUCCAUGUGUACGAUUGUGUGUAAUGCGUAUGAAUAUGUCUGCGCCUAUGUUUGUGUUGCUUCAGGUGUUUUAAAGCUGGGCUGGAACAAAAGCCUGCACACCCAGUAAAUCUCCAGGACCGGAGUUGGAAAACCCUGAGACAUACAAAGAUCUCUACAUAUGGUUCAGGCCUGAAUCGGACAUGUCUCAGGUUUUCAUGAGAGAAGGGGAGGGUGGGGAAGAGGUGCUGGGUUGUAGAAACAUAUGCUUUUGUUUAAGUGGUGACGUCAUGCCAACCUGUCAGCCUCUCCUUUUAACAUUUGUCUGUUAUUCAGACUUGUUGGUGUUUUUGAAAGGUUGUUUAUCUCUGAAUUUGGCAGGUUUGAAUUGACUUGGUAAAUUUGUAUAUUUUGCACAAAAAGGAACCAAAUGUUAUGCAUCCGAUCCUAACUGGUUGCUGUGGUCUUAACAAGGGAAACACAAUAUCAAUAUACCUGUACCAGAACCAUAUACACACUGAGUGUACAAAACAUUAGGAACUCCUACCUAAUAUUGUGUUUCACCCCCUUUUCCAUCAGGGCAUGGACUCUACAAGGUGUCGAAAGCGUUCUACAGGGAUGUUGGCCCAUGUUGACUCAGACUUCCCACAGUUAUCAAGUUGGCCGGAAGUCCUGUUAGUGGGGGACCAUUCUUGAUACACACAGGAAACUGUUGAGCAUUUAAAACCUAGCAGCAUUGCAGUUCUUGACACAAACUGGUGCUAACACACUUACUAACAUACCCCGUUCAAAAGGCACUUACAUAUUUUGUCUUGCCCAUUCACCCUCUGAAUGGCACACGUACACAAUCCAUGUAUCAAGGCUUAAAAAUCCUUCAUUAACCUGUCUCCUCCCUUUCAUCAACCCUGAUUUAACAGGUGACAUCAAUAAGGGAUCAUAGUGUUCACCUGGUCAGUAUGUUAUGGAAAGAGCAGGUGUUCCUAAUGUUUUGUACACAGUGUAUACUGUUUGACUCUCUCUAUAUAUAUGGCUCUGACUUGUACCAAGUGAGAAGAGUCUGGUGUUUUAUCUGUGAUUGGUAACCAACUAAAACCAGUAACAUUGUCCUCUACUAUUCUAUCACAAGCAAAAACCUUACAUAUUGUUUUAGAUGCAUAGAUUAUAUUCACAUAUAUUUUUACAUUGCAUUUAAGUCAUGAAAUAUAAUUGUAUUUUAAAGCACCACCCUUUGAGUGAAUGACAGUGUUGGGUUAUAUGAAGAAUGAUACUGCUUGAAUUUGUACAAUGCUUGUACGUACUGUAAAAACAAAACAAAUGCAUGUUGCAGGAAUACGCUUUCUUCCUCCUAUGUCUUGGCUGUUUAAAUCCAUUGUAGCUCUCCUAGACUUAACCCCAUCUGAGUCUCUCCUUACCAUGCUUUAAACUGUAUUUGUAUCAUAUACACUGUGUAAGAGGUGUGCCUUUAUACUCCAAAUUAUUUACAUUUUUACCUUUUUUUUAAAACUUUUUGUUUAUAAAGUUUAUUUUAAUAAUAGGGUGGUUACUUUGAGUUUUAUUUUCCACCUUUUCUCCCUCCCUGUGUAGUAGGUGUUUUCAAUCUAUUAUUGUUAUGGAGUCAAUGAGUUUUCAAACAAAACUAAAAUGUCAGUCUCUGUUGUGGUAAUUUUAUGGGUAGAAUAUAGUCAUUAGGCACUGAUCCAGUUUACCUUCCCCAAAUCCUAAACUUGCCAUUUGGGGGAAAACUGCAAAUCUGAACAUAGAUCAGUGUCUAGGGACAACGUCUACCUCCUCCCUGGUGUGGAGAUGGCAUCUAUGCUGAUGUUAACCCUUCGUUCCUUGCUGCUUCUGUCUCAGUAAAUACCUUUUUGUUUGUGUCGUGGCUGUGGUCUGUGACUGUCGUGAUGGUGUUUGUCGGGCUUGUCCUCUGACCACUUCCUCAAGUUUGAGUGUGUCUGACAUGGCACCAUAUUCCCCGUAAGAGUGCAAUUAUUUUGACAAGAGCCCACUUAGGGCUAAGGAUUAUAGUUAGAUGGGUUCUGGUCAUAGGUAGUGCACUAUUUAGGGAAUCGGGUGCUAUUUCAGAUGCAGACUACACUCUUAGGAGUCGCUCCCCCCUGUCCACCAUCUAAUGUUAACGUCACUGCAUCGUCACUGCUCACUAAGCCCUAACCUUUUUAGGUUAAGGGGAAACGUCUACCUGCUCCACCUUCCACCCACUGGCCAGCUCUCACUUUCCUCACGAACAGGACUCAAAGAGGAUACAGCUCUGUUUGGCCUUGAUGGCUUCCUGUAGUCAAGGUGAGCACACUGAGAGAAAACAGAGCGUUGUUUUUGCUCUAGGAGGAUGGAGGCUGGAUCCAUAGAGAAUAUGCUGCCAUGUCACAGACUUGGACCUUACUCACUGAGCCCCAGUCCAGUAGGAUAUAGGGGGCUGGUUUUGUCCAUUGUUGGCUGGUCCUUCAACCCUCACCCUCUGCGUAAAGGCUUCAAUAUUCCCCUACUAAACCUACCAUUUUGCCAAAAGCAACUUUUCCUAUCUAUGUGCGUUCAUCUACAGUCAAAACGACCCCACAUAUUAGCUUUAACAUAUUGUAAGGUGUAAAUGUACCAGUUUGAUUGAAUCUGUACAUUUUUUAAUGGGAGUGUGUGUGUCACAGAUGGGUGUUUAAUGUUCACAGCUGUUGGGACAGACUGGUGUGAGGUUUAUAUGUGGAGUUUUAACUGUUUUGGGAAAUAAGACAUGACUUGGGCUUGACAGAAUCUGCAGGGGCAGAAUUUUCUCAAUUUCUUCUCAGAAAGGAUUUAAAGUUGAUAAUACUCAUAGAAUUAACUCCAAUAAAACAAAAUACCGUUACAAAAUAAAUAAGUUUGUUGGAAUUAAUAGGCAGCCAGACUAGAUGACUAUAAAGGUUUUGGUGAGAGCUUCCCUGCAGAUUGUGUCCUGUCUGUAAUGAUGACCCAGAGUCCUUGCUAACUGUUGCUAAAGUGUUGUGCGUGUGUAUUGCUGUCUGCUGGUGGUCAGUGGGAGUAAACUGUUGUGUGCUGUGAGGGAGGCUAACUCAUGUUCUAUGAUGUUUAUUGUUCAACACAAUGAUAAUAAUAAUAAACUCCUUUCCAUAAGCAUUUGCUCAAAUACAAUAAAGCACUUGGUCUGCUAAACUAAA